UCCCCAUCGGAGAGGAGGCAGUGCAGCAAUUCUGGCUCUUUGCACUUUUUCCGUUUAUUCCUACCUGGGAGAGGUCCGGAGUUUAAACCAAUUUGGAUUUAAAGGCACAUAGCUGAGGAGGACGACUGGCACCUGAAAUGGCUGGUUGUCUGCAAAAGACUGGAUGGCAUCAUGCACGGUGGCUUCUGCAAUGUCUGUCAUUGCUGGGCACUUUGAGCCUCUGCAGAGUAAGUGCGCAGGAAUUUGAGCCUGCCUUUCUGGCUGGACCCCGACCGGGACCCAACUCUGAUUCGAUCCUGGUGGCAAAUAAUGGAGUAAGAGUGGCAUUUGGCAGAUCUGUCUUUUUGGACCCAGUCCACGAUCUUGUGACAGAGGUGCAGCCUGGAGACAAAUGCUACAUAACAGUUCUGGAGAAUGACCCACUGGCCCAGAGACCCGGCAUACUUUCGCCUAAGAAGUUCCCCUGUGCUUUUGGUGCAGAAGAAGUCAAAUACACUCACUUUGGAUCAAGAAGCCCGAACAAGGACAGAGUGAGGCUGCAGCUGAGGUACGACUCCCAGACAGACACCACGAUUAUCCCGUUCAUGCUGGAAGUGGAGGUCGUCUUUCAGCAACAGGAGAUCUUAACCCGCAACAUGCCUUUGGUUGUGGAUAAGCUAAACGGAGUCAGCAAUCCUAUUGAAAAGAAGGUGCUUGAUUUUGCCUAUGACCGCAACAAAGAAUCGUGUAAGGUGACCACCCUCAUGAAUACAGGAGGCCUACCAAGGUAUGGAAAGCUUUUAAAUUAUACCUCUAAUGGCCAGAUGAUAGACUGUGAUGCUUUUGUUAACCGUGACAUUCGCUAUAAGCACACGGCCAGCACCAGCUCUCCAAAUAAAGACUAUAUCCCCAUGCUGGUGGAGCUUUUUGACAAGGAAGGUGUUCCAGUUAAGCAGGAGUACUUCCAGAUAAUGGUUAGAAUCAAAGAGGGGGCCGAAAACACACCACCUAAGCCCAGCUUUGUGGCCAUGAUGAUGAUGGAAAUUGACCAGUUUGUCAUGACAGCCAUUACUAGUGACAUGCUAGCAGCCGAGGAUGUGGAGUCUGAUGCUGGGGACCUCAUUUUUAACAUUACGUCUCCGCUAAAUGAUCAGCAGGGAUACAUCAUCAAUACCGACGACCAGAAUCUUGCAAUUACAUCGUUCUAUCAGAGAGACAUUAGAGACCUGAAGAUUGCCUAUAAGCCUCCAUCCGAGGAUUCGGAUGUGGAGAGGAUUAUCCAGAUUGAGUUUGAGGUCAUUGACUCCGAAGGGGCCGUUUCAGAUCCCUUUGCUUUUAUGAUUGUCGUCAAGCCGAUGAACACUUUAGCUCCGGUGGCCACAAAAAACACCGGGCAGUUGUUGUUUGAAGGGCAAUCUCGGGUGCUGUCCAGCAUCCAAAACCUGGAAAUCAGCGAUGAGGACAAUUUGGAAGACGUUAAAAUCACAGUCAUUGACGGCCUGAAGCACGGAGAGCUGACGGUCUUGGGUGCACGGCGGAAGUAUUUCACCCCUGCAGAUUUAGACGCGGGCCUUGUGGUCUACCAGCAUGAUGGCAGUGAUACCUACAGUGACAAUAUCAUUUUCCGCAUGACCGAUGGUAAUCAUGAUGUGGAGUUCUUGUUUCCGAUCACCAUUGUCCCCACCGAUGAUGAGCCGCCAAUCAUAAAUGCCAACACUGGGCUUGUGCUCUUCAAGAAUGAAAUCAUGCAAAUCUCUCCCUUCAUUCUGAGUGCCACCGAUAUCGACUCGGAGGAUUCUACUAUUAAGUUCAUCGUGGAGGCCCCCUUCUCCACCAUAGGAGAACUUAUCUUACGUCAAGCUGAACAACCGGCUGAUGUGUCCGCCUGGAAAUUCAGCGAGACAGAUGAAAUGUUUGAGAAGGUGGUAACUGAGUGGUUUCAGCAGGACAUCCUAGACGGGAAACUGUUCUAUCGCCACAUUGGACCUCAUAGCACCACCACCGUCAUGGAUCACUUCACGUUUCGAGUCCAAGAUGACAAUGACCCUCCCAAUCAAUCCGGAGAGCACAUAUUCACCAUUAAAAUCCAUCCAGUGGACGAUCUUCCUCCAGAACUUUACCCCGGAACUUCUCUGCACAUGACUGUCAAGGAGUAUGAGCUGACGUACUUUCGAAAAAAGUAUCUGCGUUACACUGACUUGGACUCUGAUGAUAGAGAUCUGAAGUUCACCAUCAUCAGACCUCCUACAGAUACCGAUGAAAACAACCCGGUUGCAUUCGGUGAGAUAGUCCUGACAGAGAACCCCACCACCGUCAUCACAGAAUUCACGCAGGCUCAGGUUAACCAUCAUAAAGUGGCAUACAAGCCCCCAGAUCACGAGCUGGGCAUUACCUCCAGAGUGGUGCAAUUCAUUUUAAAGGUCGAGGAUACCGCUGGGAACUCGGUGGACGGCACUUUUACAAUAUUUUUACAGCCUGUGGAUAAUAAGCCUCCUGAGAUUACCAACACAGGGUUUACUGUCUUGGAAAGGAACAGCUUUACAAUAUCCAAGAAUGAGUUGGAUGCAACGGACCAGGACACUGAUGAAGACAAGAUCACCUUCACGCUUACCCAGGCUCCAAAGUUCGGCGUGCUUCAAUAUUUCAGCGUGCAAAUGUCGAUAGGAGAACGAUUUACGCUGGAAGAUAUUGAAAAUAGCCGUGUCGUGUAUGUCCACAGUGGCGAAGAAUCAACAAGUGACACCAUAAAACUUGAUGUUAGCGAUGGGUUCCAUGAGGUCCCAAUCAUUAUCCGGGUAACAGUCAAACCAGUGGAUGAUGAAAUUCCCACAAUCAUGUUGCCCUCUGGCUUACUGGGCUCGUCCAUUGAUGUCUUGGAGAACGGAGCGACUGAAAUCACCACCAAUGUGAUUCAGGGAAGAGAUGAGGACACGGAUGACUUAAUGCUCACCUUUAUUGUGGAGGAACCACCCAGGCUCGGAGAAAUUCUCGUAAACGGUUUGCCCACGGAAAGGUUCACACAGCAAGACAUCAUCAAUGGAGUUGUGGUGUACGCCCACACGAGCGGAGAGAUCGGACCAGUCAAGAAGUACGAUUCCUUUAAUCUCACCAUUUCAGACAUGUCCGACGAAUGGGUCGUGGGUGGCAACAAAGUUCAGGGUGUGCGAGUGCACGUAACUAUACUUCCAGUUGACAGCGUUGCUCCAGUCGUAACUGUGGGCGUCCAGUUUACGGUGCUUGAAGGUGACAAGAAUGUCAUAACACUGGAAAACAUCAACGCUGAAGAUGUCGACACCGAAAAUGAUGACAUUUUAUGCACCAUCAUUGUUCAAUCCACAUCGGGAUACAUCGAAAAUAUUUCACCAGCACCUGGUUCUGAAAAGUCCAGAGUGGGAACUGCAAUUACUGCAUUCAGCAUCAAAGAUAUUCGCCUCGGCCACAUUUAUUACGUGCAGAGCAUCCACAAAGGGGUAGAACCGGUCGAAGACAGACUAACAUUCCGCUGCUCCGACGGCAUUAACUUCUCCCAGCGCCAGUUUUUCCCCAUAGUCAUUAUUCCAACCAACGACGAGAAGCCAGAGAUUUUUGUCCGUGAAUUCAUCGUGAUGGAGGGAAUGAGCCUGGUCAUUGACACUCCAAUUCUAAACGCCGCUGAUGCUGACAUUCCAGGAGAUGACCUGGAGUUUGAAAUCAUUAAACCACCCAAGCAUGGCAACAUCGUGCAACAGUUGACCACGGGAACCGUGCCAGUUCAAAACUUUAGCCUCGAGCAGAUCAAAGAAGCUUCCAAUAUCGUGUACGAACACGACGAUUCCGAAACCAAAGAAGACAGUUUCGAGGUCCGACUGACGGAUGGCAAACAUACCGUCGAGAAAAAAGUGUUGAUCAUGAUUAUCCCCGUCGAUGACGAGACUCCAAGGAUGACCAUCAACGAUGGGCUCGAGGUUGAAAUUGGUGAAACGAAGGUAAUAACAAAUCGAGUGUUAAAAGCAACAGAUCUCGACUCGGAAGACAAAUCUCUUGUUUAUAUCAUCCGUUACGGACCUGGACAAGGUUACCUCCAGCGUACCACCAAAUUAGGUGAACUGGUCGGCAACAUCACGAUUGGAAUGAACUUUACUCAAGACGACAUAGACCAAGGGCUUAUACAAUAUGUUCACACCGGCCAAGAAGGUGUGAGGGAUCUGGUUAAGUUUGAUGUCACAGAUGGCAUCAAUCCUUUGAUUGACAGAUACUUUUAUAUCAGCAUUGGCAGCAUAGACAUGGUCUUCCCCGAUGUCAUUAACAAGGGCGUUACUCUCAAAGAAGGAGGUAAAGUCACUCUUACCACAGACCUAUUGAGCACCACCGAUAUCAACAGUCCAGAUGAACACCUAAGCUUCAGUAUCACUCGGGCGCCUAGCCGUGGACACUUGGAGUGCACCGAUGAUCCCGGUGUUCCCAUCACAACCUUCACUCAGUUGCAGUUGGCCGGGAACAAAGUCUACUACAUUCACACCUCUGAUGAUGAAGUGAAGAUGGACAGCUUUGAGUUUGAAGUGACUGACGGCUACAACCCAGUGUUUCGUACCUUUAGAGUUUCUAUCACAGAUGUGGAUAACAAAAAGCCGGUCCUCACCAUUCAUGACUUGGUCAUUAACGAGGGUGAACUGAAGCUGAUCACCCCUUUUGAGCUUACUGUUGAAGAUCGGGACACACCUGACCACCUAUUACGUUUCACCAUUACCCAGGUGCCUGUUCACGGUCAGCUCUUGUACAAUGGAAGCCAUGCUGUCACUAGCUUUACUAAGCAAGAUCUCAAUGAGAACCUCAUUAGCUACAAGCAUGAUGGCACAGAGAGCAGCGAAGACAGCUUCUCGUUCACCGUCACAGAUGGCACCCACACUGAAUUUUACGUCUUCCCUGACACUGUGUUCGAGACACGGAAGCCUCAGAUGAUGACCAUUCAGAUCAACUCGGUCGAUAAUGGAGUCCCCCAGAUAGUUGUCAACAAGGGGGCACCCACACUGAGACAUCUGCACACUGGGCACCUUGGCUUCAUCAUCACCAGCAAAGCUCUCAAGGCAGAAGACCGCGACAGUCCACAUAAAUUCCUAAAGUACCGCAUCUCAGAAGCUCCUCUGCACGGCUACAUUAUCAACAUGGCUCUGGGGAACGGCAGUGUGCAGACUUUCUCCCAAGCUGACAUCGAUGACAUGAAAAUCUGUUACGUUCUGCGUGAAGGUGACAAUGCGACCAGUGACCUCUUCUACUUCACCAUUGAAGAUAACGGAGGCAACAAAUUAAAAAGCCAGCCUUUCCGACUGAACUGGGCUUGGAUUUCAUUGGAGAAGGAAUACUUCCUGGUGGACGAAGACUCCAAAUUUCUCGAAGUGACACUGAAACGGAGAGGAUAUUUAGGAGAAACGUCUUUUGUCAGCAUUGGGACAAAAGAUGUCACUGCUGAAAAGGAUAAAGAUUUUAAAGGGAAGGCCCAAAAGCAAGUGCAAUUUAACCCAGGUCAGAGCACAGCAACAUGGCGUGUGAAAAUCCUGACAGACAACGAGUAUGAGACUUCUGAGACCUUCCAGAUUCUUCUAUCUGACCCAGUCAUGGCAGCGCUGGAAUUCCCAGAAAUUGCCGUUGUUGAGAUUGUGGAUCCUGGAGAUGAAUCAACUGUCUUCAUUCCUGAGUCCGAGUAUAAAAUCGAAGAGGAUAUUGGUGAACUUAUUAUUCCAGUAAAAAGAUCUGGAGAUGCCAGCCAGGAGUUGAUGGUCAUAUGUUUUACACAACAAGGUUCGGCCACAGGUACCAUACCUUCCACAGUGCUUUCCUAUUCAGAUUAUAUCACCCGCCCAGAGGAUCACACCAGCAUCAUCCGUUUUGACAAGGACGAAAGAGAGAAGGUGUGCCGAGUGAUCAUCAUCGAUGACUCACUAUAUGAAGAAGAUGAGUUUUUUAACGUUACUCUGAGCAUGCCCAUGGGUGGAAAAAUCAGUGCAAACUACCCCAGUGCCAAAGUGAUCAUUGCAGCAGACAAUGAUGAUGAGCCCUCAUUUUACUUUGGAGAGACCGAAUAUUCAGUUGAUGAAAGUACUGGCUACGUGGAGGUACGAGUAUGGAGAACUGGAACUGAUCUCUCAAAGACCGCCACUGUCACUGUGCGCUCCAGAAAAACGGAGCCGAUGUCAGCAGAGGCUGGAGUUGACUAUGUGGGCAUUAGCAGAAAUCUGGAUUUUGCUCCUGGGGUUACAAUGCAGACAUUUCGAGUUACAAUCCUUGAUGACCUCGGACAGCCUGUGCUGGAGGGCCCGGAGAUGUUUGAGCUGGUCCUCAGAAUGCCAAUGAAUGCAGUGUUGGGCGAGCCCAGCAAGACGACCAUCAUCAUCAAUGACUCACUCUCAGAUUUGCCAAAAGUUCAAUUUAAGGAGCCCUUCUACACUGUGAAUGAAAACGACGGGCAGGCUAUUGCAAUGGUGCACCGCAGUGGAGACAUCAAUUAUAAAUCAACCGUGAGGUGCUACACACGCCAGGGCUCCGCACAGGUCAUGAUUGACUACGAUGAGCGGCCAAAUACUGACAACUCCAUCAUCACCUUCUUGCCAGGUGAGACUGAAAAACCCUGUGUGGUUAUGCUAGUGAAUGACACGAUUUAUGAAGAAGAGGAAGAGUUUCGUUUAGUGCUGGGAUCACCAAAAAGUGAAUCGCCAUUUGGGGCAAGCUUGGGCGAACAGAAAGAGACACUGAUCAAGAUAAAAGAUGAAGGCGACAAAUCCAUCAUCAAGUUUUCAGAGAUCAAAUAUAGCAUCAAAGAGCCACAAGAGCCUGGAGAAAUAGCUUUGGUGAGGAUUCCUAUCCUGAGGCUGGGAGACACUUCCAAAGUGUCUGUUGUGAGAAUCCAUACCAAAGAUGGCUCUGCCACAUCUGGAGAAGAUUAUAACCCUUUGUCUGAAGACAUUGAAUUUAAAGAAGGUGAAACAGAGCACUUUGUGGAAGUGGAAAUUUUGUAUGAUGGAGUACGAGAGAUGAGGGAAGCUUUCACGAUUCACAUGAAGCCUGAUGAGAACAUGGUGGCUGAAACUCAGAUGAGCAAAGCAAUUGUGUAUAUCGAAGAAAUGGACAGCGUGGCAGAUGUCACGUUUCCAGCAGUGCCACAGGUGGUCUCUCUGUUGAUGUACGAUGAUACAGCGAAAGCAAAAAGCAAUCCAUCCACAGGAUAUCCAGUAGUGUGUGUAACGGCCUGUAAUCCAAAAUAUUCUGAGUUUGACAAAACAGGCUCGAUCUGCUCAGCAGAGAAUAUCAAUGACACCCUGACCCAAUAUCGCUGGCUAGUUAGCGCCCCUAGUGGUUCAGAUGGGGUCACUAGUCCAAUGCGGGAGGUGGACACAAAUACCUUCUUCACAAACACAAAAUCCAUCACCUUGGACGCCAUCUACUUUCAAGCUGGUUCCAGAGUGCAAUGUGGAGCGAGAGCCUUCAAUGCUAAUGGAGAUGCUGGUCUGGAGCUGCUCAGCGCCAUUAUUAUAAUUAACAGGGAUGAAGGUCUCUGUCAGCCCCGCAUCGCAGGAACAGUGGGAGCAGAGCCGUUCUCAGCAAGGAUUCGUUACACUGGACCAGAAGACCCGGACCACCCUAACCUCAUCAAGCUGACUGUGACCAUGCCUCAUAUGGAUGGUAUGUUACCCAUCAUCUCCACUCGCCCUCUUUCGAACUUCGAGUUGACCCUGAGCCCCGAUGGCACCAGAGUAGGCAACCAUAAGUGCUCCAAUCUGCUGGAUUACAACGAGGUGCCAACCAGAUAUGGCUUUCUGACUGAUGCCACCAAAAACCCAGAAGUGAUCGGUGAGACCUCACCUUACCAGUACAGCAGUAGCCUACGGUCACCCAAAACCCUGCGCUUCUACAGGAAUCUGAACCUCGAGGCCUGCCUGUGGGAGUUCAACAGCUACUACGACAUGUCUGAGCUUCUGUCAGACUGUGGGGGCAAGAUUGGCACAGAUGGACAGGUCCUUAACUUGGUGCAGUCCUACGUCACACUGCGGGUGCCGCUCUUUGUGUCGUAUGUGUUCCACUCACCAGUGGCAGUCGGAGGCUGGCAGCAUUUUGAUCUGCAGUCGGAGAUGAAGCUGACAUUUGUGUAUGACACUGCCAUCUUGUGGAAGGAUGGAAUAGGCAGCCCUCCAGAGUCAGAGCUACAAGGUGCCAUGUACCCCACAAGCAUGAGAAUCAACGAAGAGGGACGUCUUGUGGUGAACUUCAAGACUGAAGUGCGCUUCCGAGGACAGUUUGUUAUGUCUCACCCAGGAACCUCCCUGACCUCGAUGGUGAUGUCCGCAGACCACCCUGGCCUCACAUUCACGCUGUCCCUCACAAGAACUGAGCCCACCUUCAACCAGCCUGUGCAGCUCUGGAGCUUUGUGUCAGAUUUUGCAGUCCGUGACUAUUCUGGCACAUAUACAGUCAAGCUCAUUCCGUGCACAUCAUCUCCUAACCAAGAGUUCGCCAUCCCUCCUGUCUGCAAUCCCCGCGAGCCUCUCACCUUUGACAUGGAUAUUCGAUUCCAGCAGGUCAGCGACCCCGUAGCUGCUGAGUUCAGCCUCAACACUCAGAUGUUCCUGCUUUCCAAGAAAGAGCUCUGGCUUUCAGACGGCUCCAUGGGAUUUGGAGAGGGAGCUGACGUGGCAUUCUCAGAAGGUUCUGUCAUCUAUGGCCGUGUGAUGGUCGAUCCAGUCCAGAAUCUAGGGAACUCCUUCCUCUGUAACAUUGAGAAGGUUUUCCUGUGCACGGGAGCGGAUGGCUAUGUGCCCAAGUACGAUCCAUCAAACAGAGAAUAUGGCUGCCUGGCAGAUGCCCCGUCCCUCCUCUACAGAUUUAAGGUUCUGGAUAAGUCCCAGCCCGAGACAACGGUGCGCAUAUUUGGCAGUGUCCAGUUUGAUGCCAGCCUAGCCAUAGACAGCGCCGAGGCUCUCCCACUCAUAAGGCAGCCUGGCUCUGACGGCUUCAGCUUUUCAUCUGAUCCUUUAUUCCAGGUGACUUCUGGCCGCGAAUGGUACAUCCACACCAUCUACACCGUUCGCUCCAAAGAUAAUGCCCACCGCAGCAUUGGCAAACGAAGCCUCGAGUUUCACCACAGCUUGACAGCGGCCGGGCAGGGCGCCGCACGUACCCGAAGAGCUGCCGGAAGCGAUGCCCCCCGUGAGGCCCAAGACAUUGGCUUAGAGAACAGUCGCGGCACCAACAUUCAGCAUAUCGCGCUGGACCGUAGCAACAAGAUCGCCGUGAGCCAGAGAGAGUUCCGUCCGCACGAGGACUCGCGCCAACACCCCUUCCUCGAGAGCUCAAGCAAGGAAUCCUCCGAGCUGGGUAUCGUGCCCAUGGUGGGCGGCAUCGCCGGUUUCCUGCUCCUCAUCUGCCUCGUCCUCAUCGUCAUCCUCCUGUUACGGCGCAGGAGCCACCGAGACAAACGCCCAGCCAAGUGCCCUUCGUCAACCUCCACGUCAUCGGGCUUUUACGGCGGCAGCAGGGACACGGUGUCGACACGACAUGGCAGCAGGGACAGCACUGAGGUGUAGCUGCCACGCUUCGGCUCGCCACUUUGAAUUACGUUUUUUGUGCAGAACUUUUUUAUUCGGGGAAAAAAA